CAGGCUUGACCAUCCACUCGUUUUAUCCCUCAAUUCAUCCAACUUCGUGCUGCCGACACUGUCAGCGUCGAUUGUAUUUCUUCUCUAGAGCCUCCUUGCUCUGUACCGCUUCAGAGCGCUGCCGGAUCCAGCAAUAUCCACCGAAACUACAACAGAAGAUAUCAGGAAAAUGAGCGUGGAAGAAAAGACGCGCGCCUCGGGCGAACAGGCCCGGGACCAGAGCGGACCGGUUCUUCCAACAGUCAACCCCGAGGCCGAGAAGUCGCAACCCCCCAAGCCCUCGCUGCAUCCCGCCUUCUACGUGAGCAUCUGGAUCGCGCUUAGCUCGUCCGUCAUCCUCUUCAAUAAAUGGAUCCUCGACACGCGCAAGUUCAGCUACCCGGUCAUCCUGACAACAUUUCACUUGGCCUUUGCGACUCUCAUGACACAGCUUCUCGCCCGCUACACAACCCUCCUCGAUGGCCGGAAAACGGUCAAGAUGACAGGUCGCGUCUAUCUCCGCGCUAUUGUCCCGAUCGGCUUUUUCUUCAGCUUGAGCUUGAUCUGUGGCAAUCUCACCUACCUCUACCUCAGCGUUGCCUUUAUUCAGAUGCUCAAGGCGACCACCCCCGUUGCCGUCCUCCUCUCUAGUUGGGCGCUUGGCGUCUCGCAGCCGAACCUCAAGGUCUUUCUCAAUGUCUCGGCCAUUGUCGUCGGCGUCAUCAUCGCCUCGAUCGGCGAGAUCAAGUUUGUGUGGAUCGGAUUCAUUUACCAGAUUGGUGGCAUCAUAUUUGAGGCGCUGCGGCUCACCAUGGUUCAGCGGCUCCUGAGCUCUGCCGAGUUCAAGAUGGAUCCUCUUGUGUCGCUGUACUACUUUGCCCCUGUCUGUGCCGCCAUGAAUGGCUUGGUUGCGCUCAUCUGGGAAGUGCCCAGGAUCAGCAUGGAGGAGGUUUACCACGUCGGGCUGUUCACUUUUUUCUUGAACGGCAUGUGCGCGUUCCUGCUAAACGUCUCGGUGGUCUUUUUGAUCGGCAAGACAUCUUCACUGGUCCUGACGCUCUGCGGUGUCCUCAAGGAUGUGAUGCUCGUCGUUGCCUCCAUGAUCAUCUUCGGCACUCAGGUAACCGGCCUGCAGUUCUUCGGCUACAGCAUUGCACUGGGUGGCAUGGUUUACUACAAGCUCGGCUACGAGGCGAUCAAGGGCUACGCUGGGGAGGCCAGCCGCCAAUGGGCUGACUUCGGCAACCGCCGUCCUAUUCUCCGCCGCAUCUCCAUCAUCCUUCUGGCAGCGAUGACCAUCUUUGUCCUCCUUGGCGGCCUCGCACCAAACUACGCUUCCGUCAACCCGACCGAGUAUCUCAACGAUGCAAAGGCCAAGAUGGGAAUAACGAGGUCCUAGAGUACGACAAGGAGAGGCACGGCAUGCAU